GUAUAGAAAUUAAAUUUUGAAUUUGUGUUUCGUACCUUUAAACCAACAGCAUUUGUAAGGAAACUCUAAAAAUAUUUGUUUAAGCGUAACGCGUUGACCUUAAAGAAGCAGACUUUUCCCAUCAGUGUUAGCUAAAUCGUUUCGCAGAUCAUAACCCAGUUAGGUGAUGCGAGUGGACUCAUCAGGAAGCAUUAACAAUCACAAUGAUUCCCACGAUAGUUGGUAGCUUAAUUUUGGUGAAGAAAAGCCGAAAGAUGAUGGAGGUAUUUUCUCCCUCAUUAAUGAAGUUGUGGAAGGAAUGGGAGCUCCGAGCAAUGGUUAUAACCAGCCUUGUGGUCCAAAUUUUGCUAAUUUCAUUGGGCAAGCGCAGAAAAAGCAGUUUCGAAAGAAGGGUUAGAGCUGCUGUUUGGUGCUCCUAUUUGCUGGCUGAUUCUGUAGCAACUAUCGGCCUUGGCAUACUAACAAAUGACCUGGCUGAUAUAUAUGAUACGGGAGGCGCUCUUGACUUGAGCACUGAGCUUAAAGCAACGUGGGCACCCUUUCUCCUACUGCACUUGGGUGGCCCAGAUGCCAUUACAGCUUACUCCCUGGAAGACAAUCAGCUAUGGUUAAGGCACCUUUUUGGACUAAUUGUCCAGACAAUUGUGACGAUAUACAUCUUCUUCAUGGCAUGGACAGGUUCCCUUCUCUCCAAGCUAACCAUUCCAAUGAUUGCGGCUGGAUCAAUUAAGUAUGCUGAGAGGACAUGGACUCUGUGGAGAGCAAGCGCUGGCGAAUUACGAGACUCGAUGCUAUCUUCUCCAGAUCCUGGUCCUAAUUACCCCAAGUUGAUGGAUGAAUACAGUCUGAGGAAAUUUGAGGGGUUCUUGGUGACUAUAGAAGAGGUGAAGGAAGAUGCGCAAGAAUUGGAUAUAACAGCCCCUGGAAGAACAACCUCUGACCAACACAAUAUCAUUAAAGCCACUGUGAUGUUUCAGACAUUCAAGCGUCUGUUUGCAGAUCUCAUCCUAAGCUUUAAAGACAAGGAGAAAAGCCAACAUUUAUUCGAGGACCCAAACAUGAGCUCGGAGGAUGCUUUUGAUGUUGUGGCCAUUGAACUAGGAUUCAUGUAUGAUUUACUAUACACUAAAGCUAAGGUAAAUUAUACUCGUUUUGGUUUGGUUUGCCGCUUUACUACUGUCCUUCUCACCUGCCUUGCGUUGGGGCUAUUCUCUAAUGAUGACCUGAAGAAGUAUGAAAAGGCUGAUGUAUACAUUACUUUUCUUUUGCUAGUUGUAGCUAUUCUUCUGGAGAUAUGUGCAGCAUUGUUAUUACUUUGCUCAGACCAGACAAGUCAUUGGUUGAUUAAGAAUAACAAAACUUUCAUUAUUAGAGUCACCAGAUGUUUGACUUCCCUGUUUGAUCAAAAGAGGUGGUCUGGUCGCAUAUCACAGUACAGCCUACUUAGCCAUUGCCUGGAAGAAAGACCUGGGUUUAAAAUACUCGAAAAAGUGCAGCUAAUGUGGCCGCCUAGAAGUCAUGUAGAGUUCAACGGAUCCUUGAGAGAGACCAUCUUUAGCUAUGUCAAAGCGAAAUUUGAAGCACAAAAGGGAAAAGUAGGUAGUAAUCUUAGAGACUUGUGCCGCCAAAGGGGAAAGAGCAUACUUCAAAAAUAUGAGGAUAAAUUUCCGGCUAAGCUAGAACUUGAAUGGAGCAUUGAUGUUGACUUCGACCAGAGUAUUCUUAUCUGGCACAUUGCUACAGAUAUUUGCUACAACUCAGAUCUUCAAAGUGAUACUAAAAUUGGACAAUGUCGUGAAGCAAGCCUGUUAAUCUCAAACUACCUGAUAUACCUCCUACUCUUUUAUCCUCGUAUGUUGCCAUCAGGAAUAGGGCUUAUAAGGUUUCGAGACACUGAUGCUGAGGCCAGGAGGUUUUUCAAGGAAAGACAGGCAUCUUCUGGUGCCAAACAAGUGAAUAAAAUAACCAAGUAUUGCAGAAAGUUGCUCCGAGCUUGGAGGUUCUUUAAAGGACGGCUGUUUUCUUAUCGCACACACCAAUUAACUAGUGUGGAGAACGCUUGCAGUAUGUUGGUUAAAGUGAAGACUGAUGUAUACCCGAGCAAAGUAAAAGGGGAUCAAAGCAAAUCUGUGUUGUUUGACGCUUGCAAAUUGGCAUCAACACUUAAAGGCAUAUCAGACGAAAAGGUAAAAUGGGAGAUGAUUAGAGAAAUUUGGUUAGAGAUGCUAACUUAUGCUGCAAGUCAAUGUGGGGGAACUCAGCAUGCUGAUCAACUGAUAAGGGGUGGAGAGCUUCUAACCCAUGUUUGGCUUCUUAUGGCUCAUUUUGGCAUAACAGAGCAGCUACAGAUAUCUAAAGGACAUGCAAGAGCUCUGCUGAGUGCAAAUUAGCACCAGGUCAAUCUCAACGUUAGUCUUUCAUAGUUGUUCUUAAAUUUUCCAUUUCAAGUUGAACAAUAUAUAUUUUUCUGUCAUCCUUUUGAAUAGAAACAAUGCAAAAUCUGUUGUCACAUUAAGAUAGGAGAGUACGACAGGGCAUUAACCUUGGUUAAUUAAGUGUCAACGAAGAGUUUCAAUCACUUGUUCUCAAGGAACGUUGGCUCUUUCUUUUUCUUUUUUAAUUUCGAUUCUAGUGCAAGAGCUUCAAGGA